AUGAGACGGCUACGCGCUCAUCCCGUUCGCCACACUACAACCUCGCUCAGAACUCAGAUCGCCAGAACCGGUAUCUACGUGAAUUCAGAGGGACCUGAUGCUAACUCUAAUCCCGCUGAUUCUGCUUUGGAUAUUCGUGUCAACUUUGACCGUAUGGGUAUGAAUGAUGAGGAGACUGUUGCUCUCAUUGUUGGUGGUCACACUUUUGGCAAGACCCACGGCGCUGUUCCUGGUUCCAAUAUUGGCCCCGAGCCUGAGGCUGCUGACCUUGGAGAGAUGGGCCUGGGAUGGCACAACAAGGUUGGUGAGGGUAACGGUCCCAACCAGAUGACUAGUGGACUUGAAGUCAUCUGGACCAAGACCCCUACUAAGUGGAGCAACGGCUUCCUCACCAGUCUUCUCACCAACAACUGGACCCUCGUCGAGAGCCCUGCCGGCGCCCAUCAAUGGGAAGCUGUCAACGGCACAGUCGACUACCCCGAUCCCUUCGACAAGACCAAGUUCCGCCGCGCCACCAUGCUGACUAGCGAUCUCGCUCUCAUCCACGACCCCGAGUACCUCAAGAUCUGCAAGCGGUGGCAGAAGAACCCCGAGGAGCUCCGCAAGGCCUUUGGCCGCGCCUGGUUUAAGCUCCUCCACCGUGAUCUUGGCCCCGUUUCUCGUUACCAGGGUCCCGAGGUUCCCAAGGAGAAGUUCACUUGGCAGGAUCCUCUUCCUGAGCGCAAGGGUGAUGUCAUUGGUGAUGAUGAUAUUGCCACUCUCAAGGCCGAGCUGCUUGCUGCCAAGGGUCUUGGUGUUUCCAAGCUUGUUUCCACCGCUUGGAAUGCUGCUUCUACUUUCCGUAACUCCGAUAAGCGUGGUGGUGCCAACGGUGCCCGCAUUGCCCUUAAGCCUCAGCGCAGCUGGGCCAGCAACAAUCCCGAACAGCUUGAGCAGGUUCUUAGCGCUCUCAAGGCUAUCCAGAAGAAGUUCAACUCUGGAUACAAGACCAAGCAGGUUUCUCUGGCUGACUUGAUUGUCCUUGGUGGUGUUGCUGCUGUUGAGAAGGCUGCUCACGAUGCUGGCUUCACAGAUAUCAAGGUCCCUUUCACCCCUGGUCGCGUCGACGCCACUCAGGACCAGACUGAUGUCCGAUCUUUCGGUUUCCUCGAGCCUCUUGCUGACGGAUUCCGCAACUACGGCCAUGGAACCGCCCGCGCCCGCACUGAGGAGCUCCUCGUUGACAAGGCCGCCCUCCUCACCCUGACUCCUCCUGAGCUGACCGUCCUCGUCGGCGGUCUCCGCGCCCUCAAUGCCAACUUUGACGGCUCCUCGAAGGGUAUUCUCACCACCAAGAAGGGUCAGCUCACCAACGACUUCUUUGUCAACCUCCUCGACGCCGCCACUACUUGGACCAAGCAGGAUUCCCAGGGUGAGCUCUGGACCGGCACCGACCGCAAGACCAAGGCCAAGAAGUGGACUGCCACUCGUGCUGAUCUCGUCUUUGGAUCGCACGCUGAGCUUCGGGCCAUUUCCGAGGUUUAUGGCAGCGCGGAUGCCAAGGAGAAGUUUGUCAAGGACUUUAUUGCCGCUUGGGACAAGGUCAUGAACCUGGACCGCUUUGAUGUUAAGGCCAAGAACUAG